CCCAAAAAUAAAAUGAAAAGCACCAAAUUAAAGAGACAUCACUAUAAAUAAAUAAAUAAUUAAGGUGUCUUCAAAGCUUAUGUGUUUCAAAGAUCACUUGCUAUACGUUUCUCUUUCUCUCUUUAAUUUCUUCUCUCAUCUUUUUCAUUUUAGUUUUCGCAGAUGCUUCUUUCAAGAACCAAAGUCUUUAAAUUUUCUAUUCUUCUUCAUUAAUACAAAACAAAAGAGGAUGAAGGAGACACUUAGGUGCUGCAUCGCCUGCAUCCUACCGUGUGGAGCUCUGGACGUGAUCCGCAUCGUACAUUCAAACGGAUACGUUGAGGAGAUCAGUGGUACAAUCACCGCCAGCGAAGUAAUGAAGGCACACCCGAAGCACGUACUCAAGAAACCAUCUUCUCCACCGUCUUCAGAUCAUGAUGAUGUCAUCUCAGCCACAAAGAUCGUCAUCGUCCCUUUCGAAGCGGAGCUCCAACGUGGCAAGAUUUAUUUCCUCAUGCCCGCAACUAAACCAGAUAAAGAAAAGAUCCGCCGCGAAAGAAGUAAUGCAAACGCCGUCAAGAAGCGUUCUCGGCAUCAUCGUGAAGACGUGGAUGAUCAUAAGUCUAACGGGGAAAAUAAUGGUAAAGACAAGGACUCAUCGGUGUUGAUCUCUGAUAGGUACUUGACGGAGAUAUUGUCGGAGAAAGUCGCGACCCAAAGAGAUCGGAGAAAGGGACGCGUCGGCGUUUGGAGACCGCACUUAGAAAGCAUAAAUGAAGAUUGAGGAAAACUGUAUCGCCUUUUAUUACAAAACAAGAGUUCAUUUGUUUCAAUCGUUUUUUAUUAUUAUGUAUUUUAGAACAUUGGUUCGUAGUUUUCUUUUUUGGUGUAAUGGUUCAUAAUAGUUGUUUCAUCAACGAAACACAUUCAAGAGAAAGUGUGUUUGGUCA